AUGGGGGACUUUAAGCUGUCCGCCCAGCUAGUCGGACACGAGAGCGAUAUCCGCGAUAUUGCUUUCCCAGCCACCGAAGCUGUCGUGUCCGUGUCGAGAGAUCACACAGCUCGACUAUGGAAACAGACAUCUGCGUCUCCUCCUGUCUACGAAGGCACCAUUAUCAACCAGAUAAGCGAAUAUAUCAAUGCUGUCACAGUCUUGCCGCCCAACAGCGAGUUUCCGGAUGGCCUUGUUGUGUCGGGAGGCAAGGACCCCUGCCUCGACGUUCGAAAGCCAACCUCAACUUCCUCUGACAACGCCGACCGAAUCCUCCCAGGACAUGCCAGCAAUGUAAGCGCUUUGGCCGCUGCCUCGAGUGGCAAAUACUUUGUCUCUGGCAGCUGGGAUCAGACUGCACGGGUUUGGAGCACCGAGAGCUGGGAGAGCGAAAUCACCUUGGCUGGACACGAAGCCGCUGUCUGGGACGUGCUGCCCUUGAGCGAUAAUGCAGUUGCAACGGCCUGCGCUGACAAGAAGAUACGGAUAUUCGACCUACGCAAGGCCGUAGCUGGGUCUGUAGAAGCUCGAUCUACCAUUUCUACUCCUGACAUUGUUCGAGGCUUAUGUCGGCUGCAUCCUGGCCAUCCCACUGGCGCCGAGCUUGCCAGCGGCCACAAUGACGGUAUUAUUCGACUCUGGACGCUCACUGGCCAACUCGUAGGAGAGCUUCACGGCCACGAAAGUUUUGUCUACCGCCUCAAAGCGUUACCUACCGGUGAGAUUGUCUCUGCCGGAGAGGACAGGACAGUCCGGGUAUGGAAAGGUACAGACUGCAUUCAGACCAUCACUCACCCUGCCAUAUCGGUCUGGACAGUGGCAGUCAACCCGAAUACCGGCGAUAUCGCGUCUGGCACCAGCGAUGGCGUCGUGCGCAUCUUCACAAGAAACGCCGAUCAAGUGGCUGAUGCAGAGACUAUCCAGUCGUUUGAAGAUGCCGUCAAGUCAUCGUCGAUACCACAGCAGCAAAUGGGCGACAUUAACAAGGAGAAACUUCCAGGCCCCGAGUUUCUAACACAAAAGGCCGGUACCAAGGAAGGUCAAGUACAAAUGAUCAGGGAAGCGAAUGGAUCGAUAUCAGCACAUACUUGGUCCAUGGGGGCGCAGACCUGGGUCAAUGUGGGAACCGUGGUUGAUUCAGCAGCCAGCAGUGGACGGAAACAAGCAUACAAUGGAAAAGAGUACGACUUUGUGUUCGAUGUUGCAAUCGAGGAGGGCGCGCCGUCACUCAAAUUGCCCUUCAACCUUUCCGAGAAUCCUUAUGACGCGGCUACCAAGUUCAUCAACGACAAUGAGCUCUCUUUGAAUUACCUCGACCAAGUCGCGCAAUUCAUUGUACAAAAUACCCAGGGUGCCACUCUUGGGGGAUCAAGCGCAGGAGGUCCGGAUCCUUGGGGCACGGAAUCUCGAUACCGUCCUGGUGAAUCGGAGCCGACAUCCCGAGCCAAGGCCUUACCUCAGACAGAAUACCUCAGUAUUACUGGCGCCAAGUUUGAGCCCAUUUUCAAGAAGAUCAUGAGCAUCAGCUCCACGCUGGAAGCAGCUGGAAGAAAAGACAUCUCACUGAAUCCAGAUGCCCAAGCUCAUUUGACCUCGCUGCGAAAAUCCUUAGAGUCGAAUAGACCUGUUAGAAGUGAGGACGAACUCGAUAUUCUGAUCAAGAUCUGCACCUCGUGGGACUAUGCGGACCGUCUUGCACCAUUGGAUGUUCUUCGAUGUGCGGCCGUAUCUCCACUGGUCGCCAGCAGUUCGCGCAUUGGAAGUCCCAUUCAACUCGUCAUUGCGGCUGCCACGACUGGGUAUCCUGGAGGCGGCCAGCCUAAUGAAAACACCAUCAUGAUGGCUUUCCGUACCAUUGCCAACCUGUUCUCGAGUUCCGAAGGAAGAAGACUUCUUUCUCAACCUGAAGAAGCUGGUCGUGUCGUCGAUUUCCUCCGUCAAACACUUGGACUCAGCGGCACGGAUGCCAUUGGCAAGCAAAACCGAAAUCUGUUAAUAGCUGUUACCACAGUGGCCAUCAACUAUGCUGUUUUGUAUGCAAAGGGUGGUGGGCUGACAAAAGCCAACAUGCUCCCGCUCUUUGAGGCGGUAGGACAUUUACUUUCAACACAAAAGGACAGCGAGGUUCUGUACCGAUCUCUUGUUGCAGCGGGUACUCUGGUAACGGUUCUUGGCAAAGACGCCUCUCAAUCUGUACUGAGCUCUGUCACGAGAGCCAAGGACGCUGCAAUUGAGCCAAGAGUCAAGGAGGUUGCCGACGAAUGUCUGACACUUUUGAGAUGA